GACCCGUUUGCUCUGAACAAGGAGCCCGUGAAACCCAAUUGUCGUUUCUCGAAACCGAGAGAUGGGCUUCUGUUAAUUUGUGAUCUCUGGGCAUAAUCGGAGAAAACGCGAGUUCGGGAGGCGAUCUCAUUGACAAUGUCAUCUCUGGCGCUAACGCUACCGAUUCCGUCGGCGACGGCGAAGCAUGCUAAGCUUGGAGCGGCUCUCUAUGAUGGCCGCCGAAAUUGGUCGGUAAGUACGAAGCUGUGGGAGAAACCCAGAACUAGAAGAGGGUUUGGUCUGUGCUGUAAGGCGGAGCUGUCGGAGUUGGCUCCCGCCGCUUAUGGAGCUCUUCUUCUUGGCGGCGGCCUCUUCGCUUAUAGCAAAUCGGGAAGCAAGGGUUCUCUGUUCGGGGGCUUGACCGGUUCCGUUCUCAUGGCAUCUGCCUAUUUCCUCAUGAAAGAACCAGAGACCAGAGCACUCGGUGAUGCCAUAGGAUUGGGUUCUGCCCUCCUAUUCUCUUCCAUUUUCGGAUUACGUUUGGCAUCUACUCGGAAGCCGGUCCCAGCAGGGCCCUUGCUUCUUGUCUCCAUUGGCAUGUUGGCUUUCUUUGUAAUGGCGUAUAUGCAAGACAGCCUACCUGCUUGAUCCAGACCGGUCCUGAGUUGAUGUAAGUGUCUUUGGCAGCUUGUUCAUCCAUCCAUGACACCAUUUAAAGCCCAUGCGUACGAGAAAAGGGUAAACUACAUGAUAGCACCUUUGUCAAGGGUUUGAUCUGCAGCCCACAACCCAAUAAGUUAGCUUGUCUUUUGUGACACCACCAAUAAUUGUAGAGCUUUGUGGGCAUGCAAGGGAGAGGACACUGUGAUAAUAGUUGACAUUCCAAACAAACAUUAAGGAAGGUUGGUCCAAUGUCAAGACAAGAAACUCAUGUCAAAUAUAUUUGCUUAUCCA